AUAUUGGAUUAUGUUACUGUUGAAACCGUCUGCAGGGAGCUGAGCCAGGGAAGGAAGAAUGCGGGUCCAUUUAAUGGUGUUCUGCCUUAUUUCCUACACCGUGAAUGGGCAAAUAGAGUAUUCCAUCUCCGAAGAAACUGAACGUGGUGUGUCUGUUGGGAAUAUAGCAAAGGAUUUAGAAAUAGAUGCAACUACACUUUCACUCCGGAAAUUUCGCAUGCUCACCAGUUCAAGUAAGCAAUAUUUUAAUUUGGAUGUAAGCACGGGGGCUUUGUCAGUUAAUGAGCCCAUAGACAGAGAGCAGGUUUGUGAAUUAAAAACUACCUGUUUUCUGAAUUACGAACUUGUGCUAGAAAACCCUCUAGAGCUUUAUAAAAUGGAAUUUAAAAUACAGGACAUAAAUGACAACUCCCCCAGGUUCCCUUUAAAUGAAUAUCACUUAAAUGUAGCCGAGUUUUUAUCUCCUGGGGCUCGAUUUACACUCCCGAAUGCCCAAGACUUUGAUGAAGGCACCAACAGUGUCCAGACUUAUUCUCUGAGCCCUAACGAACAUUUCCGACUGGAAAUGCAAACACGCGGGGAUGGGAGUAAGUACCCCGAACUGGUGCUGGAGAAGCCCUUAGACAGGGAGCUGCAAUCCACCCACAGACUUGUAAUUACAGCCAAAGAUGGUGGGAAUCCCGAGAGGUCCGGUGACGCCCAAGUCAUUGUGACUGUUCUUGAUACCAAUGAUAACGCUCCAGCGUUUGAACAUUCGCUCUACAGGGCAAGUAUCUUGGAAAACUCCCCCAACGGCACGUUGGUAACCAAAGUACAUGCCACUGACUUAGACGAAGGUCAAAAUGGAGAGAUCAGAUACUCCUUUAGCAAUAGCACUUCUGCUGAUCUACAGAGACUAUUCCUAAUCCACCCCCAGACCGGGGAGGUAAAAGUGAAUGGCAUUCUAGAUGUUCAGAGACCUGUUCUAGAGAUGUUCAUUGAGGCAAGGGAUAAAGGUGCGUUUGGAAUGUCCAGUACAGCUAAAUUGCUGGUGGAGGUCACUGAUGUAAAUAAUAAUGCCCCAGAGGUUACAGUCAGGUCUCUUUCCAGUCCCAUCCCCGAAGACGCUGUGCCCGGCACUGUGAUAGCUCUUUUGAGUGUUCUGGAUAAAGACCCUGGAGAGAACGGGAAGGUAACUUGCCAGAUCCCCGCUAACAUUCCCUUCCAACUAAAACCCUCUUUCGACAAUUACUAUAGUUUGGUCACUGAUGGACUUCUGGACCGAGAAUUGGUCAGUGAAUAUAACAUCACCAUCACCGCCACAGACCUUGGUUCCCCGCCAAUCGUCACCCAAAAGACAGUAUUGGUGCAAAUCUCCGACGUGAACGAUAACCCUCCCAAGUUCGCCAGACAGUCCUGUGACAUCUCUGUGACGGAGAACAAUCAUCCUGGAGCAUCUUUGUUCCGGGUGUCAGCAUCUGACCCCGACAUUAGCGGGAAUGGCCAGGUCUCUUAUGCGCUCAGGGACGUCGACAUUGCAGGUAGCUCCUUGUCCAGUUUUUUAUCCGUUAACUCAGAGAAUGGAAACGUCUAUGCAAAAAGCACCUUUGACUAUGAACAACUCAGGAGUUUUCAUUUUCAAGUGAUAGCCAAGGACAACGGAUCCCCGGCCCUGAGUGCGGCCUUAACUGUGAAUAUAUUCAUCGCGGAUCAGAACGACAACGCUCCGGUCAUCCUAUACCCUGGGGCCAGGAACAGCUCGGUCGCGGUGGAAAUAGUCCCUAGGUUAGCCGAUGCCGGUUACCUCGUGACUAAAGUGGUGGCGGAUGAUGCGGACAGCGGGCAGAACGCGUGGCUUUCCUACCGUCUGCAGCAAUCUUCCGACUCCAGCCUAUUCAAGGUUUUGCCCAAUACAGGAGAACUCAGGACUACUCGCUCCAUGAGGUCCACGGAUUCCAUCAAACACAAAGUGGUCAUUCUAGUGAAGGACAAUGGGGAGCCGUCCCUCUCCUCCACGGUAGCCCUGGGCAUCCUGCUGGCUGACUCCCUUCCCCAGGCCCUCCCUGACUUCGGUGACGGGAUGGAGGGACAAGAGCAGCUCACUAGCCUGAACCUUUACUUGAUCAUCUCGCUCGCUUCCAUUUCCUUUGUGUUCCUUGGCUUUAUACUCUUUCUUCUUCUCACAAGGUUUUUCCAUUGCAGAACGAACCGCUCCCGCAGCGGCUGCUGUUCAGGGUGCUGCCCAGUGGAUGAGCAUGACAAGUAUCGCUUCAACGUGCGCAUGCUCCCAAGAUCUCAUUUAACACCUGACAUGGUGGAGGUCUCAGGAGUGGGCAAACUGACCCAGACCUAUUUGUACAGAGCUUCUUUGGGUGUUGGUCCUAGCAAUAACAAUUUACUGCUGAAUGGAGACGCUGGAAAUCUUUCCAAUGGCGCAGGAUUACAAGUGCCCACGGCCUGUGUUCAAGUCCGGAAGGUGAAGAGCGAUCACUUUAAUGCUAUUCUAGUGGUAAGUAGUUUUUGUUUAAAUUAUCCCCAUUUAACCUAA